ACGUCUUUCUCGUGUUCCUUCUCUUCUUUGCAUUCAAGUAACAACAAAACAAGGCAUCUAUGUAUACUCAAGUCUCUCUUGCUAUCUAUAUUUAGUGGUGGAACCUCUCUCAGCACGAAUUCAAGGCUACUUAAUUAUCUCAAUUAAGCCAACAUUAUGAAGCAAAAGGUAGUUAUAAAGAUCCAAAUGCAUUGUGAUAAAUGCAGAAAUAAGGCCCUGAAAACUGCUGCAGAGGUACAAGGGGUGACUAUGGUGUCACUUGAAGGGGAUGAGAAAGAUCGCGUGGUAGUGACCGGAGACAACAUCAACACAAUUUACCUGAUCAACCAACUGAACAAGAAGUUCAAGUGCGUAACGGUUGUGAGCAUCGAAGAGGUGAAGAAGAAGCAAGAGGAAAAGAAGGAUGAUAAGAAGAAGGAUGAGAAGAAGAAGGAUGAAAAGAAGAAGGAAGAGAAGCCAUUCUGUGCUGUUCUGUGUCUCCCACCUCCACCACAUGCUCAAUGCUCCAACUGCCAACCCAAGUGCGAUCAUUGCACCAAGUGUCAAGGGCCAAAGUGUGAAUGCAAGUGUGUCCUAAUAUGCUUCAAGUGCAACAAUCCAAAGUGUGAUGGAAAAUGCAACAUUUGCAUCAAAUGUGAGAGUCCCAAGUGUAGUGGUCACUGUUGUUCUUCCCCUCCCAAGCCUCCUACUAAGCCAGAAUCCAAACCGCCAGAGCAACCAAAACCACAGCCACAGCCACAACCACAACCGCAACCGGUUUACAUUAAUUGCCCUCCAUGGUGCAAUUGUCCAAGGUGCUAUGUUGUGCCAUGUAAUCCCCCAGCUUGCAACUACAGGGUUGUUUAUGAAUCAAACCCUGAUAAUUGCUCCAUCAUGUAAUCAAUUAAUCAAGGGGUGCUAUGUACGGCUUAAUAAAACAUUUGUAAUUUUCUGAUUAUUAGUCAUUUUUCAGACACAUGCACACAAGCACACUUGUUCAUUAUUCUA